CAUAACAUAAAGCCGAGCCGCUACUGUUGAUCACCACACACACAUCUCGCUCUCUCUGCUUGCUCGGCACUCGAUUGGUUUCCACUGGAGUGACCAUGGCUGACACAGAGGAUAAUGUUUCAAUUCCUGGGUUAAACAGUCUUCUCCAAAUGGACCCCUAUCUCAAAAGCUACCAGAAGGACUUCGAGAGGAGGUACGGCCUGCUUGGGAAGCAGCUGGCUGCCCUGGAGGAAAGGGAGGGUGGCAUCGACCAGUUCACCCGGGCCUACGAGACCUUCGGAGUCCAGCGUCGUCAUGACAACAGCCUGGUGUUCUUUGAGUGGGCCCCGGCUGCGGAGGCCCUCUUCCUGGCCGGGGACUUCAACGGAUGGGACAAAUUCUCCCACCGCUACACCAAGCAGCCAUUCGGGAAGUGGGAGCUGGUCAUCCCGGCCAAGGCGGACGGGUCCCCGGGGUUGGAGCACGGCUCCAAGCUCAAGGUGGUGGUCCACACCGAGAACGGAGAGCGUCUCUACCGCAUCUCUCCCUGGGCUAAAUACGUGACGCAGCAAGAGAACGCUCCGGUCUAUGACUGGGUGCACUGGGACCCCCCCGAGCCCUACACACCCGUCCACAAGCGGCCGGACAAGCCCAGGAGCCUGCGGAUCUACGAGUGCCAUGUGGGCAUUGCCUCCCCUGAGGGGAAGGUCGCCUCAUACAGCAAUUUCACCGCAAAUGUGCUGCCACGCAUCAAGGACCUGGGUUACAACUGCAUCCAGAUGAUGGCUGUGAUGGAACACGCGUACUACGCCAGCUUCGGAUAUCAGAUUACGAGCUUCUUCGCAGCUUCCAGCCGCUACGGCACCCCCGAGGAUCUGAAGCGUCUGAUCGACGCGGCCCACGCCCUGGGCAUCGUGGUGCUGCUGGACAUGGUCCACAGCCACGCCUCCAAGAACACGGAGGACGGCCUGAACCACUUUGACGGCUCCGACUCCUGCUUCUUCCACGCGCCGCCCCGGGGCCAGCACAGCCUGUGGGACAGCCGCCUCUUCAACUACUCCAGCUGGGAGGUGCUGCGUUUCCUGCUGUCCAACCUUCGCUGGUGGAUGGAGGAGUACCGCUUUGACGGCUUCAGGUUCGAUGGGAUCACCUCCAUGCUCUACCAUCACCACGGCAUCGCCGUAGGUUUCUCGGGCGACUACAGCGAGUAUUUCGGUCUGCAGGUGGACGAGGACUCUCUGGUCUACCUGAUGCUGGCCAAUCACAUCCUGCACACGCUGUACCCCACCUGCAUCACCAUCGCAGAGGACGUGUCUGGGAUGCCGGCUAUCUGCCGGGGUGUGGAGGAGGGGGGGCUGGGCUUUGACUACCGCCUGGCCAUGGCCGUCCCUGACAAGUGGAUCCAGAUCCUGAAGGAGUUCAAGGAUGAAGACUGGGAUAUAGGAAACAUCAUCCACACACUCAUCAACCGGCGCUACGGGGAGAAGUGCAUCGCCUACUCCGAGAGCCACGACCAGGCGCUGGUGGGAGACAAGACGCUGGCCUUCUGGCUCAUGGACAAGGAGAUGUACACCAACAUGAGCUCCCUGGUCCCCAUGACCGCCGUCAUCGACCGAGGAAUCCAGCUGCACAAGAUGAUCCGCCUCCUCACGCACGCCCUCGGAGGCGAGGGCUACCUCAACUUCAUAGGAAAUGAGUUUGGCCACCCAGAGUGGCUGGACUUCCCCCGGGAAGGCAACAACCAGAGCUAUCACUACGCCCGGCGCCAGUUCGACCUGCUGGAGGCUGCCAAACACCUGCGCUACGCCCAGCUCUACGCCUUCGACCGCCACAUGAACCUCACCGAGGACGCGUACGGCUGGCUGGCUGCGCCGCCGGCGUACGUGAGCACCAAGCAUGAAGAGGAUAAGGUCAUCGUGUUCGAGAGGGCGAAGGUGGUGUUCAUCUUCAACUUCCACCCCACCAGAAGUUACCAGGACUACACCGUCGCAGUCGAGGUGUCCGGGAAAUAUACCAUCAAGCUGGACUCUGAUGACGUUCAGUUCGGCGGCCACGGAAGACUGGACCAUCACACCGAGUUCUUCACCAAACCUCAGGACUUCAACGGGCGCUCCAACGUAAUGCAGGUCUACAUCCCCUGCAGAGCGGCGCUGGUCCUGGUCAACGAUGAGAUAGAUUACAGUUAUUAGGGUGGUGAUGGGGGCCCGGGGGCCCCGUGCCGGGGGCCUGAAGAGGAAGAGAAGGGGGGAGUGAUUGUCCUCCCAGAGUCCAGAUUCGGAGAUGGGUCCGGGGCCUCAGUCUGAGGGAUAACAACUACCUAGUGUCUGAGGGUCAGCCGGGCAAACCUUCCCCCCGCCGCAGCCUUUGUUGCACACAGUGUGAACACACACUCACACACUAAUAUUCACAGACAAAGACUGACACACACACACACACACACACACACACACACACACACACACACACACACACACACACACAGACACACACACACACAUACACAUACACAUACACACACACACACACACACACACACACACACACUUAUACGCUCACACAUACACGCAGACUAAUAUGCACCCACUUGGACAGACACACGCACACGCACACGCACACACACACACACACACACACACACACACACACACACACACACACACACACACACACACACACACACACACAUACAUUAAAAAACACACAAAAACACAUCCUGUCGCACAUACCCUCCCUCGCCUCCAACCCUCCCUGCAAAUUUGUAUUCCUCAUGUCCUGCAGGUGUGUGUGUGUGUGUGUGUGUGUGUGUGUGUGUGUGUGUGCGUGUGCGUGUCUGUGUGUGUGUGUGUGUGUGUGUGUGUGUGUGUGUGUCUGUGUGUGUCCUCCAAACACCACCUGCAGCCCUACUAUAACAGUGUCAGAACCCAUUGAGUCCAGAUCGGUGGUCCUAGGAGGAGGAGAGGGAGGGUCAAUGACCCCGCUACAGCCACCAGGCAGACGCCAGUCACCAUCUGCAGGCUGCGUGCAUCCGGCUGCGCCGCUGGUGCACGUGGCCGGCACUCACUGCACGCGCCCAGUACAGCGGGACCACAACAACCUGAAACAAGACAUGUUUUUGGCAAUAUGUGGAAAAAUCCUUUUUCAAAAACCCAAAUGUUUUAGACACAGACACACACACACAGACACACACACACAGACACACACACACAGACACACACACACACAGACACACACACAUAGACACAGACACACACACACACACAGACACACACACACACA